GCAAGCAACUUCCUGUUUCAAAAUCGCACGUUACAAGGAAAGUAACCUCAAGCAAGCUGGGAAGCUGUAGACUGCAUACUCCUUGUUGGUGCCACAUUUGUUAUUGUAUCAAUUUGCAAGUAGUAAUAUGGCAGAUGGACCAACACAGAAAGUGCUAGAGUACAAAGACUCCUUGAAAUCAAAGGCUGAAGAUUUGAUUCUCAAAGGUUUUCCAAAGAAAAUUGUUGAAUUAAAUAAGUUACUUGAUACAGCUCAAUUUGGGAGACAAGAUUUGACAGAAGUCCAUCAACCUCUGAACAUCCCUGUACCAGAUCCAGUCAUUGUCAAUAGCCAUGUGGUGGAACAGCCAAGCAACAAAAGGUGGAAGUACGAUAAUUGUGUGGUCAGCGAGAAUGAGGUGCCAGGUACCAAGGUGAUGGCCCUCCCAACUGGCACAGUGCCAUGUAACAAACAGUUGUGCGAGUUGGUUUAUGUUGUGAAGCCCCACAUCAGACAACUUGUUGAAGAUGCAAAUCUGCUGAAAAUGUGGAUUUCCUUCAUGAUUCCAAAAAUUGAGGAUGGUAAUAACUUCGGAGUGUCGAUUCAGGAAGACACUUUGGGAGAAAUCCAGUCUGUUGAGUCUGAAGCAGCUGCAUUCUUUGAUCAGAUCUCACGAUACUUUGUGUCAAGAGGAAAGAUUGUUUCCAAAGUUGCAAAGUACCCUCAUAUUGAAGAUUAUCGGAGAGCUGUUCAGGAACUCGACGAGAAGGAGUAUGUGAGCUUGUGGCUUGUCAUGUGUGAAAUACGGAAUCGCUAUUGCACACUUCAUGAUAUUGUGGUUAAGAACCUGGAAAAGAUAAAGAAACCUCGAUCGUCUAACACCGAUUCGCUUUACUAGGACAUUUGACACAUCCUGAUCUAUUUCCACAUCACUUCUAGGGCUAUACAAAUGGUAGUAAAUUGAAGUUUUAUACAGACAAGAUUUUGUCAAAGCUAAUGUGACCCCAAGAAUACAUCCACAGAAAUACAGUUUGUGCAAGAAAUUUUAAGUCUGGUUUUAUUUUGUAUUGUAAGGAGUAUGAGGGCAGUUUGUUUGGAAAGUUUAUUUGUUUUUACCAUUUUCAGCCUUUCGAUUCAUUUCUUUAUAAUUAAUCUAUCCUCUUUUAUGCAUGUUAAAUUGAGUUGGAAUUCAUUAUUAAAUUAUAGAGCCAUACAAGUGAAUACAGUAUUGUUGUGUAUUUUAUUUGCCAUCAUAUUACAUGUUAUACACUGCGGUAACAUACAGGAGAAUGUUUUUAGCCUAUAC